CCCCCCUUGGCCAACGACUUACCAUCCCCGCCACCAUGAAGAUCUUCUAUAUGGGCGUUCUUCGGAACGAUUCUCAGCCCGCUUUGCAGCUAUGCGCUGAGAAGGACCUUACUAGCUUCUCUCGCUUCACCCGUCAGAACUACGAGGAGUUCCUGAUGCUUUUCUGCCGCACGGUCGCGGAGCGCACGAAGCCUGGGCAGCGCCAGGACAUCGAAGAAAAGUCAUACACAUUCCACGCCUAUGGUCGGACAGAGGGAGUUGCCGGUGUGAUCGUCACCGACGGCGAGUAUCCCGCUCUGGUUGCCCACCAGCUGCUCGGCAAAAUCGUGGAUGAGUUCCUCGCCAAACACCCUCGCACGGCCUUUUCUGAUCCUUCACUCCGUGAAAACGCCUGCCCCCUACCAGCGCUGAAGGAGUACAUUGUCAAGUAUCAGGACCCUAGCCAGGCCGAUAGCAUUAUGAAGAUCCAACAGGAGCUGGACGAGACCAAGAUUGUGCUGCACAAGACCAUUGAGAGCGUGCUUGAGCGCGGUGAGAAGAUUGACUCACUUGUUCAGAAGAGUGACGGGCUGUCUGCCCAGAGUAAGAUGUUCUAUACCCAGGCCAAGAAACAAAACUCCUGCUGCGUUGUCAUGUAAGAUGAUGCUCGUUGAUGUGAAUUCGACCUGUCACUGCAAUUGUUUUCUUCUCUUGGGUUCAACUUUAUUCGUGUAAUCAAACCUCGAAGCUAUUACAUGUUUGCUCCUAUGCUCCCCCAUGGAUUUACUGUUGCCUGGAGGCUUCUGCCUGUCUUUUCUCGAUAUUUGGUUCUGUCAUUCAGAUGGAUGACCCGACAUGCAUUAUUUUCCCGUGACGACCGUGCAAACAUUCUCUAUAGAUGGUACUAGCAAUGAAUAGCUCUUGAUUCUGCGAGCCGCCCAAGUA